GUGCGUGGGACGCACUGGAGAAAGAUGGCGGCGCCCAGCGUCUGCACUCCGCUGCACGGGCAUGUGGGCCGCGGCGCCUUCGCCGACGUGUACGAGCCUGCAGAGGACACGUUCCUGCUCCUGGAUGCUCUCGAGGCGGCGGUAGCCGAGCUCACGCGAGUGGAAAUAUGCCUUGAAGUAGGGUCAGGGUCUGGAGUGGUAUCCACGUUCCUAGCCUCCAUGAUAGGUCCUCAAGCUUUGUACAUGUGCACUGACAUCAACCCUGGAGCGGCCGCUUGCACCCUGGAGACUGCACGCUGCAACAAAGUUCACAUACAGCCCAUAAUCACAGAUUUGGUCCAAGGCUUACUACCAAGAAUGAAGGAAAAAGUUGAUCUUCUGGUGUUUAAUCCCCCCUAUGUAGUGACUCCAUCUGAGGAGGUAGGAAGUCACGGAAUAGAAGCGGCCUGGGCUGGUGGCAGAAAUGGUCGCGAAGUCAUGGACCGGUUCUUUCCAGUGGUUCCAGAUCUCCUCUCGCCAAGAGGGUUAUUCUACUUGGUUACUAUUAAGGAAAACAAUCCAGAAGAAAUUCUGAGAACAAUGAGGAUGAAAGGCCUGCAGGGGACCGCUGCCCUCUCCAGGCGCGCAGGCCGGGAAAUGCUUUCAGUCCUGAGGUUCGCCAAGUCCUGAUACCGUGUCUGCUCCAGAUGAUACUUGAUCUGUUAUAGUUAAUGUACAUGACUACAUAUCAUACUGAAUAUAAUUAUCGUAUGUGUGUACAUGUAUUUAUAAGAUGAAUGUAUUUGCCAUAUUUUGAAAUGGAAAUCAUUUCUUGCUUAACAAGUAAAAUUGUCAGAAAUGGGUCACAGGGAGAAAGGGGGAAGGGUACGGCACUUUCUUCCACCCAGGAGUCAAGCCUACAACAGCAUUUGUGUAAGUGCAAGGAAAUAUAUACGUUACAUGUAACUUGUUUCUAUAUAUAAAUGAUAUUUACAUUAUAUAUGAAAGGAUAUGCACUUCAGCAUUACCUAUAAGGAUAAAAGAAGGGGAUCAACCUAUCUGAUCAUUAGUUAAGGGGCUGGUAAGAUCCAUCCCAGUGCAUCCAUGACACUGCACGCAAGUCACAUCCAGCUGUUCAGUGAGUCGGAUCUGUGGGUCCUGAACCGGCAGGGUACUCAGGAUGUACCACUGAAUAAACAAGCAGCAAGUUACUAACCAGUGUUGUGUGUGUUUAAACCAGUGGAGAGGGCAGGUGUGUGUGGUCCCGGGGAGGCCUCAGAGCCAGCAGGUAGGAGUGGAGGAACUGCCCCUCUGUGUGGUAGCAUUUGCACGAGGAGAAUGCGUUACUUGUGUCAUUUAAAAGAGUUUUUUGCUUUUUAAAAUUUUUUAUUGUUCAAUUACAGUUGUCCCCUUUCUCCCCCCAUGACUCUCCCCCGGCCCUGGCCCUGGCCCUCCCCUCGUUGUCCUUGUCCAUGGUUCUUCAUACACAUUCCUUACCUUGACCUUUCCACUUCUCUCCCCAUUAUCCCCCUCCCCUCUUGGCAAAAGUUUUUUUAUUUAAAAAUAUUUUAAAAUUUAGUUUCACUUGCUUAUUGUAUUCAUUCUAUUACUUAGAAUGCCUUCUGCCUUCAUUCUCCCUGAUAAGAUUUUUCCUACUUUUUAUCCUUUAUCAUAUACUUCUUUUCAAUCAAGGAGAAUUGAAAAUAAACUCAUCACUCUUAAUCACACUUUUAAAAGCUUAUACAGUCCUGUCAAGAAACGUCAGAUUCCCUUUCCUGAAUCCAGGAACCCCUUCUUCCACACCGUCUGUGCCAUUCCCACCCCAGCCCGGGAGCAGCACCAGAUGGCGGCACCGGAGGGGGCAGAGUCUGCCCUGUGUCCACUUCCAGUCUGACCACCUGAGAAUCAGGGUGACCUGCAGGAGGUUUUACAGGUUACAAAUUCCUAAACCCCAACAUAGACCAGUGGAAUCUUCUGCUGCACAGACCUAAAAACUUUUUAAAAAUACUGCCCACCAUUCCUUAGGACAAGCCCCCCAACUUCAGGACUUGUUUAGGUAGCAUUGCUCCAGAAUCCCUAGGGCAGCCCUGUGUCAGGAGGGGAACUGUCCUCUGAAGUCAGCCAAACUGUCAGAGCAGGGCUUGACCUGGCUUUGGCAUCUGCAAACAGUUUCCCUCCCUAGAAACAAUGCCAUCAGAAAUCUUACAAUAAAUAACCUCUUGUGUCCCAGGAAGAAAAAAAGAUAACCUUAGAAUUGUACCAUGGGCUUUUAGUCAUCAUUUUGGGGAAUGGCAUCUUGAAACCUGUGUUCAGAUAACGUCUGAAGCACUUAAAUCAGCGUAGAGGACU